AUGCCCUCUCCCUCUCAUAAACAUGGCGGCCUCUCGCCCGCUGUCGUCGAGUCCAUUGCCGGCCUGUCAGCCGGCGCCGUCUCGACCUUGGUCGUGCAUCCGCUCGACAUUGUCAAGACGCGCAUGCAGAUCAGCCGCAGCGUAGGCCCUACCGAACGCAUCAGCAUGCGCGCCAUGGUCCGCACGAUCACAUCCUCCGGCAACCCCCUCCUCGCCUCUCUCUACCGCGGUCUGACGCCCAACCUCGUCGGCAACGCUACAUCAUGGGCGUCCUUCUUCUUCUUCAAAUCGCGCGUCGAGACGGCCCUGUCGACAUUCCGCCCGCCGGGCAGCAAGCCGAGCGUGGGGGAGUAUCUGCUCGCGCCGGCGCUGGCCGGGGCCGCGACGACUACGCUCACGAACCCGGUUUGGGUGAUCAAGACGAGGAUGCUGAGCAGCGACAAGGGCGCCGAGGGUGCCUACCCCAGCAUGAGCGCGGGCAUCCGGACAAUAUGGCAGAGGGAGGGCGUCAAGGGGUUCUAUCGGGGACUGGGUGUCUCGCUCAUUGGUGUGUCGCAUGGAGCGGUGCAGUUCGCCGUCUACGAGCCCGCCAAACGGCUGUAUGCCACGACGCAGCUGGCGGAGGGUGAGAGGUUGCCGACAGAGGUCACCAUGUUCCUCUCCUCGGCGUCCAAGCUUGUUGCCGGCGCGGUGACGUACCCUUAUCAGGUCCUCCGGUCCCGACUACAAAACUAUCAGGCCGAGGAGCGGUUUGGGAAAGGCUUCCAGGGCGUGGUCAGGAAGACCUGGCGGGAGGAAGGCGUGAGAGGCUUCUACAGGGGCUUGGUACCGGGCGUGGUGAGAGUCAUGCCAGCGACGUGGGUGACGUUUCUGGUCUACGAGAACGUCAAGCACUAUCUACCGAGGUGGAUAGAUGGUUGA